UCUAAGUUUACAAAUCAGCGAAAGAAAGAAAAAAAAAACUUACAACACACAAACCUCUCUUUAGCUCUCUUCAAACAUGUUGGUUUACCAAGAUAUUCUUACAGGCGAUGAGCUUCUCUCUGAUUCCUUUCCUUACAAGGAACUCGAAAACGGCAUGUUAUGGGAAGUUGAAGGAAAGUGGGUUGUGAAAGGAGCUAUGGAUUUUGACAUUGGUGCGAAUCCAUCGGCUGAAGAAGGCGGUGAAGACGAAGGAGUCGAUGAUCAAGCUGAGAAGGUUGUUGAUAUCAUUGAUACUUUUAGGCUUCAGGAGCAACCAUCGUUUGAUAAGAAACAGUUUGUGAUGUUCAUGAAAAGAUACAUUAAGCAACUAAGCCCUAAGCUGGACUCGGAAAAGCUAGAGCUCUUCAAGAAACACAUUGAGAGUGCCACCAAAUUUUUGAUGUCAAAGCUCAAAGACUUCCAAUUCUUUGUGGGAGAGAGCAUGGACGGAGAAGAAGGGAGCUUGGUGUUUGCUUACUACAGAGAAGGAGCCACUGAUCCUACUUUCCUCUACUUAGCCUGCGGCUUGAAGGAGAUCAAGUGCUGAAUGUGUUUCUCUCUUUGUUUUCUUCUUCAAACUAUACAAAAAUUAGUUUGGAGGUUUUACUUUUUGCUGGUCGUCGAUUUCUUGUGUGUCUUUUGGGAUUAAUCUUUUGAGAUAUUUUACCAUUACAG